UUGCGCAAAUUUCAUUAACACAGAAAAAGAAAACAUAAAAAAGAAAAUUGAGAGAACGACAUUAGUCUACAAUCUUCGUUUUUCCUUGAGCAAAAAUACAACCACCAGUCCUCCACCACCUUCGCCACCAAUACCACCACCAAGCUUAGAAAAAUCGAACGACCAUGGCAGGAACCUGUCAUAUUACAAAGGGCAUCUGUUCAUUUCCUCUCUCCUCUCCUCGCACAUGUCUUCUCUUCAAUUCCCCUGUCUUUUUCUCCGAUUUCCUAACUUGUAAACCUCGAAUCAACGCCAAAAGCCUUGCUCUAAAAUUCAAUUGUACGAGAAAUUUCAACUUCAAUUCCAAUUUUAUAGAAGGCCCCAAAUUGGUUCGCGCCAUGUCUUCGUCGUCGUCUUCUUCAUCAUCGUCAUCUUCCUUUGGGUCGCGACUCGAGGAAACUGUGAAGAAGACAAUUACCGAAAACCCAGUUGUUGUUUACUCUAAAUCAUGGUGUUCGUAUUCGUCUGAGGUGAAAUCGUUGUUCAAAAGGCUUGGAGUGGAACCAUUUGUUAUAGAAUUGGAUGCAUUGGGUGCUCAAGGGCCUCAACUGCAGAAGCUUCUGGAGAGGCUUACUGGUCAACACACUGUCCCAAAUGUUUUCAUUGGGGGCAAGCACAUUGGCGGUUGUUCUGAGACUGUGAAGCUUUACCAUAAAGGAGAACUUCAACCACUGCUUGCUGAAGCAACUGCCAAAACAUCAUAGAGCUAGCAACUUCAGAAUUCGCUUAACCAAAUGUCUUGGUUUUUCUUUGCAAGAUAUGCUCAUCUAUGCCUUCUGAAAACUGCACGUUGUUUGAUUCUUGUUUAUUUAUUUGUCCCUUAGGCUAUAAUUAGAGUAGUCAAAGGCGGAAAUACAGUAUUAAACCAAUUCUUAUUGAACUUAAAUCAACUUGAGUUAUAAACCUAUCAUUUAUGCCAAAUACAAGGUAAAAUAUGAGAUUUUGAA